AUGUUGAGACAGGAAGGAACGGUGAAAGAUUUUAAAUUGCUCUAUGAAAAAAAAGGCGAUGAAGCCUGGGGGAAUGAUUAUGAAAAUGCAGGCGAAUACACUGAGUGGUAUUGCUUUAUUCGGAAGAACUACGCGUCGAUCCAUAAGAUGUACCACACGUCACCUGUUGUAUAUUCGUGUGGUUUCGGCAAAAGUUGUUCUAUCGCAGAUGUUUGCGGCUUGGCAUUCCAAGAUGGUAGUAUGGGCGUGGUGUUGGCAGUGAACGAUGAGCAAAAUGAAGAAUAUUUUUUGGCGUAUUAUAGUAUAAAAGUCAGCAAAAUUGUAAAGAACAUAUCUGUUCGCAAAAAAAUCAGUCGCAUUGCAGCAAUUUUAGAUGGAACAAAGAAAGAAGAAAUUCAUUUUUUACAUGAAAAUUUGAGAAAAUCACCGCAUCUAAUUGCAGUAGGAACUCAUGGAGGGGAUUGUUAUCUUACACAUUUUGGUAUUGAUAUGCCUGAUAUGAUUGAUUCAAAAAUUGAACGUCCUCCCUUUACGACUAAUUUAUGCAAAUCGUAUAUAUCUCAGGAGCAGUUUAAUUUUGUGACCAAUAAUGGAAAGGUUUUUUCUAUCAACAUAGGCAAGUUUAAACUUCUUUUUUAUGACUUAUAUGUCUCAGCUGUAUCAUACUUAGAACGGUGCAAAACACUUGUUAUUGGUUUUUCUUGUGGUGCUUUUAUUGCAGUCAGCCUUCUUAACGGCAAGGACGGUUCAUAUUACCACUCAUCUUCAUCUGUUUAUGGUUUCGCAUGCCAGGAACCAGUAGAUGAUCCACGUCCAGUAUUAUAUUUAUGGGUUGCUUAUUCUAAACGAAAACAAAACCCCCAUGCUAUGUUAUUUGUGAUUACUUUCCCAAAUGAUGAAGGGCAGCCUUCAAGUCAAUGGAGUUUCAGCGAAUUUAUGAUCAUGAAAUAUCUCGUGUGGUACCCUGAUAACUGCUCAAAAUGGCUUUCUUUUCGAACUAUUGUAUCAUUUGGAUCUAAGGAACAUCAGCCAAAAAAUAUUCUGGAGCGAUUUCAACGUUUCUCUUUAAGAUCGUCGAGCACCGAGGAAAUUCUACGCAUAAAUGCUAUGAACACUAUCCACAUGCUGAUGACUUGGAAAAAUACCAAUAAUUCAGUAGAGGCAUGUAUCAUUUUAUUGUUAUCUUUGACUCCUUUCAUGAUUUUACGUUCUGAAUUAGCAAUUUUCCAGGGUGCACUCUUUGAUUUAAACGCUUUUUAUUACAAACGCUUGCCUCGGCAAAUUAUGUUUGAUCAGUCGGUUCUGAAACUGAACCCGUUUCUUGCUGUAUUUAAGGUGAAGACAUUGAAGGAUCAAGAAGCAGAUUUUGAUUAUUUAGUGAACCAUACUGGAGUGUGGCAGUAUCAAAGUCCAUACAGUGAAACAGAUGAUUUUUUCAUCUUUGCUCCUUCUCAUUCUUUUGAAAUCAAUGUCUUUAAUAGAAACUAUGAAUCUACAAUACUUAUAUCAUCUAUACAAAAAGUUGUUUUAAAUUGGAUCGAUUCGAAUUUCGGUGAUAUAGUUCUUGAAGAAUCAGAAUUGGCGUGUUCAUUAUUGAAUGCUGUCGGUCUUGCGAAAACAUAUGCUGAUCAUUCAGGAACCAGUGAGAUAUCGGUGGUUCCUUUCGAAAAUGUAUCAGUGAUUAUUUCGGCAUUAAUUUUUAACGAUGAAUCCAAUAAGACACUUAAAAACUAUAUCAUUAGCUGUUCAAGUUAUGCUAUAGUACAUCGAAUUUCUGGGUUUAUAUGGAAAGAAAUAAUUCAUGCAAAGAAAAAAUUUGAUGAGCUUUCAAGACCGUGGUUUGAUCAUAUGUCACGUCCAUUGUCACUCGCCAACCUACAUUGGUUGCAAAGCAGUGCAGCAGUUUUUCAUCGAGCUGAAGAGUUAUUCGUUGAAAUCUCAAAAAAAGUACCAUCAGAUAAAAUUAUGGAAGCAGCAACUGCAAGUUAUAACAUGAUGGUGGCUAAGAAUCUGGUUUUUUACACAGGGAUCGUGUUUCUUUUUUAUCACAUUGGAUUACUUCCCCUCAAAAAUUUUACAAGUCUCUACACACUAAUGAAGACCAAAAUAAUUGAACGUAAAGGACGCUUACUUCCUGGAAGUAAGUUAUAUAUAACAACCUUAUUAGAAGAAAUGCAAACUGCUUGUCCUGAAGAAGAUUUUUGGUUUGGUUGUACUGCCGAUGAAUGGUAUCCUCCACAAUCUUUUGAAGUUAGUUUUAACUUGUUUAAUGAUAUGAUAUUUAAUACUUGA